CCUCCUCCCACCCCCCCUUUUUUUAAUGUCCGUGGUCUCCUUUCCUCGACAUCCAACUUCACUUGCUUCUGCAUACCUCUCCGCGCAUAACGUCUGUCAAUGUCUUGCACUGCAGUGCUACAUAAUCCAAAGUAAAAGAGAAAAAAAAACAUAACUCAUGAGCAGACUUGCCCAUUGAGCAAAAUCGCGAAUUCCAUCACGAAGCUCUGCCGUCAUCUCCCCUCCCCCACAGGGCACACGUAUACUACAGUCCCUAGCAAAGAAACCGAGUCGGCCUUGCGAUUCCUACCGCCCACCAUGGCUGUCGGAACAGAGAACGGCACCCAAACCGCCAACGGCCAGUCCAACGGCCAGUCCAACGGCCACUUGAACGGCAACGGGCCCGUUGAGCCUCACAUUCGCUACAUCCCUUUCGCUUACUCGAGCGAGGACUCCGAAGCCACCGCCCGCCGUCUCGUUCUCGCCAUCCGCCCCGCCUGGGAGAGCGCCGAUUCCAAGGUCGAGUUCGUGCGCUUCACCGAUGGUAUCACCAACACACUCCUCAAAGCAGUCAACAAAAAGGCCGGCCUUUCCAAGGAUGAGGUGGACAAGGAGGCCAUCUUGCUCCGCGCCUACGGCAACGGCACCGACUUGAUCAUCGACCGCCACCGCGAAACCCAGAACCACGAGCUGCUCAUGCGAUACGGCCUCGCUCCCGAACUGCUCGCCCGCUUCGAGAACGGCAUGAUGUACCGCUUCGUUCAGGGCUCCAUGACCCACCCCGAGGAUCUGCGCAAGCCCGUCAUCUACAAGGCCGUGGCCAAGAGGCUUGCCCAGUGGCACGCCGUGGUACCUUGCAUCACUGCUCGCACGGGACACAGCCGCAGAAACUCCAAGAACACCGACUUCAUUGUACCGUCUGAAGCCCUUGGUGAUGCCGAGUUUCAGCAAAUCAUUGACAGUGUCGCGCCUGGAAAGCCCCCGCCGAACGUCUGGACGGUCAUGCAGAAGUGGAUUUUUGCCCUGCCAACAGAUACGGAAGCGCAAAGAGAGCGUCAGGCCCAGUUGCAGAAGGAGCUUACCAGGACUGUUGCCGAGCUGAGCCAGCGGCCAGGCUUGGGUACCAAUGGGCUCGUGUUUGCACACUGCGAUCUCCUCAGCGGCAACGUCAUCGUCCUUCCCAAACCCCAGCAGACACCCGCCGACGACAGCAACGGCGUCACCGCCAAAGACACGACCAUCGACGUGACCUUCAUCGAUUAUGAAUACGCGACCCCCUCACCAGCCGCCUUUGAUAUUGCCAACCACUUUGCCGAAUGGGGUGGCUUCGACUGCGACUUCAGCGUCCUUCCCACGCGCGUCCAGCGUCGCGAGUUCAUCACCGCGUACAUCCGCGCCUACUAUGCUUACCAAGGCAAGAAGAACGGAACCACGGCCGAUUAUAAUGAAGCAGCUGAGGUCGAUCGCCUACUAAACGAGGUGGACGUCUUCCGGGGCCUGCCUGGAUUCUACUGGGGCAUCUGGGCGCUGAUUCAGGCGACCAUCUCCCAGAUCGACUUUGACUACGCCUCCUAUGCAGAAACAAGACUGGGCGAGUACUGGGCCUGGCGAGAUGAGAUCUCGGGUGAUCGCCAGCGCGCUGGAAAGGAGAUCCCGUUGAGGGAGAAGAGGUGGGCUCAGGAACAGUGAGCGCAUCGGGUUGGAAGAACAUAAACCAAAAAAAAGAUCUCACUACGUUUGUUCGAGCGCGCACACACACACACACACACAAAGAGGAAAAUAGCGUCGAUGGGCAUGGCGUGUCAGGAGUCGGGUUGAUUACAUGACCUAUAUAUGAUGCAUGUAUUCUUUCGGUUCUAUAUCAAAUUUCUUUCUUUGAUGUACUUCUUCACCACGGGAGGCUCUGCAUGGGAAUAUGGGCGAGCAUUCAACAUUGGCCUCACUUACGGAGUUGUUUUUGUUUAGUAUAGAUUAGAUACCUCAUCUCAACAGUCGGCUAGUAGCUCGAGUUGGCGCAUUGAACAUAAUUAUAGUAAUCAGACAGACAGGACGUCCGCUAACAUAUCUGUGAGAAGUUAUCACACAAGAGCGGCAUUGGGUUGACGAGACCAAUAUUCCACUUAUCUACGCCAAGACUGAUCGUUGGCAAAACAGCAGUAGCUACCAUACGCCCAUCAGCUGUUCUGUUGUGCCCAGUUGUUGAAAACAAUAUAUAACAUCGCCGUGCCCGGUUUGACGCCAUUCGUGAUCCUAUGAUACCCCUUGUUACCUUGUCGCAGAAAUUCAUAGUUGUUGAAUGAAAUGACUCUCCUUUGUCCCACUCUCGUAUGUAGUUAGUCAAAUUGUAGCUUUCACCCCCUUGCCCUCCCGUGGGUAAAGCCUUGUAUACUAUCCUCCUUCAAGUGCUCUAAGCAGACUUGUAGUACUUGCUAGGCACAAACGGCAUCUUGGUUACCACCGCCGGCCUGGGCUUUCCUCUCACCAGCACCUCCACCUCCGUCCCGCUCUUGUGCUGGCCAUCCUUGAUAUACCCCAUCGCAAUGUUCUUCCCUAGACUGGGGCUCGGACACCCGCUCGUGAUCCUACCAAGCUUCGUAGUCGGGUCCCCCUUGGCCACGAUCUCCGCGCCUUCUCUGGCGGGGGCACCAGUCACAAUAAAGCCGACGCGACGGCGGACGACGCCGUUUCCUCCUUUGCUCUUGGGAGUCAGCUGCGAGUUGAUGGUCUCGGCUCCGUAGUACCCGGCAUCCGCCUUGCGGCGGUUCGGGGGAAUGAUCCAGCUCAAAGCGGCCUCGACGGGAGACACCGUCUCGUCCAGGUCGUGCCCGUACAGGCACAUGCCCGCUUCCAGGCGGAGGGAGUCGCGCGCGCCGAGACCGGCGAGCUGGACCUUCUCGACACCGCCUACCUGGAGUAGCUUCUCUGUGACCUCGACGGUCUCGGAUGGCGGGAUGGAAAUCUCGAACCCGUCCUCGCCCGUGUAGCCGCCGCGGCUGAUCAACAAGGGCGCGCUGGUUUUACCACCAUCAAGCUUCACCUUGCCGUACACCGACUGGCCAAAGUAGAGCUGCUUCAGAUCGGUGUUGCCGUCGAGCGCAUCAGCCAGCACCGCCUCAGCCUCGGGUCCUUGCAAGGCCACCAGUCCCCAGCCAUCCAGCUGCUCCUGGUUCACUUCCAGCCCGGAUGCUUUGGCCUUGGCGAGCUCCUGGUCAAAGUACUCAUUAUCCUUCUCACGGCAGCCAGCGUUGGUGACGACGUAGAAUUUGUCCUCGGCCAGCUUGGUAAGGAUAGUGUCGUCCACAAUGCCGCCGGACCCGUCGGCCUUGAGCAGCACCGACAGGGUGCUGCGGUGGACGCCCAGCGAGGCCAAGUCGGAGGGCGUGACGCGCUCGAGAAACUCGCGGGCUCCUGAGCCGGAGAAGAUGCGCUGCACCAUGUGGCUGACGUCGAAGAUGGACGAGUGUUCGCGCGUGAAGGCGUGCGAAGCACUUACUGAAAGACCCUUGUACUGCACCGGCAUGUGGAAGCCGCCGAAGGGAACCAUCUGGGCGCCGUGGGCGAGGUGGAGGUCGUAGAGGGGAGUCUUCUGGAGGGCCUCAGACGACGAGGCGGACGAGGAGCCAUGGCGGGCGUGCUGCGUCCUGGACGUGAGGAGGGUCGUGCUAAGCCCAAUGGCU